AAGUAGUGAAUUAAAAAGUAAAACAACAGUGUUUUGUCAAUUGUUUCUUCAUCCUCCCCAAAAUGUCUAGAAAUCACUGGCUGUUAGUGGAGUGGGUGGAUGAGCGCAACGUGUUUCCGUGUUAUGGAGUAGUGAAUGCAGACUCUUUGGUGAAUGAAGAACCGGACCUACAUCCGGGGAAAAUGAUUUUCGUACGAGCUAAACACGGGAACAGUGCGAGAAGAGCUCAAAUUUUAAGGAUUUCGGAUGACAAAAGGCACGUGAAAGAGCAUAAGUUAUUGUUGGAGCGUCAGGAUCACCAGGUGAAGAACAUGCUGUCGUUAUGCAUGCGUACCAUCAAGGAGAUGAAGACGGAUCCCUUGAUAUUUGGAUCAUUCAACGCGAACCAACAAUCAGUACCCGGCGUCGCCGGCGGCUCAGGAGCUGCCCCAAUACACGAUGAUAGCGACUCCGACAGCGAUAGCGAUGGCAGGUUGCAGAUAAACGAAGAUCUGAGAUCUCUUCCUUUGAUCAACUCUACUGUUAAAACUCUAGCGCAAUACAAGCGUAUAGAAUCGCCUCCUGUCGUGAACAAUAUGUCUUCUACUAUUCAAAGUGCAUCACAGAAGAAGCGAUCUAUAGGUACUAUACAAAGCAGCACUCCGCUACCUCAAAGCAAUAUUGUGAAGGAAAUACCUAAAUUAACGUUCGACCAGGCAACUCAAACAGACGACACACAAGUGCAAGUGCCGGUGGAGAAGAUAGAACAAAUGGAGACAAUCCUGAACCAACUGCACGAACAGUUUCUGGCACUAGUCGGACGCCUUCAACUUGACUGUCCUGAAUCUUCAAUAUACAAUUCUGACGCGGAGAAUCGUGAAAGGGAAAUAUCUGACAGAGAAAAUUAUGCUGAAGUAUCUAUGUCGCGAGCGGAUAGAUCUUUGAAUCAACCGAAGAUUGAACCGGAGGACCUGAGACGCAAUGUGAAGUCGCCGCAAGUUAGGAGAGUGUCUGCUCAAACGACUAAUAAUGUGGAACCGCCCGUACCGGCAAAUAGGAACGAUAUGGUGCCCAUUGGAUCAGGCCAUGCGACUGUGCCGGCUAGACUGAUGAAUGAAAUUAACUGGGGAUCGUAUUCGUCGGCUACGAGGCAGUUAUUGCAAGCUGUGUUUCCUCGCAAAGUACUAGCGACCCAUUCUCUCACUGGCAAACAGUCUCCAGCUUUCACUAAUAAGCCAGCGAAGAAAUGUUUGGACCCAAAAUUGAUCGAUGACAUUGUGGACACGGUCGCGGACCGCUGUGGGGUGCCGAAGAGAUCCGUCAGAAAUUGCAUAACCAUCAAAUGCACCGACGAAGCAAAGUUGUAUCGUAAUCGUAUGCUGGGACGUAAUUCGGGACAGAUGCCAGUAACGACUAACCAGGACAACCGAGAGAAUGUCCCGCCCUCGCCCAUCUCACGCGAGUCCUCCAAUGGAACGCCCACUGACUAGUUCAACCGAUGUUUGUCGUUGUACCAUAACCACGUGCUGGGACGAAGUGCGAGCGAUUACCACGAGAAUGUCCCACCAUCCGCCAAUUUCAUGAGAAUUGACCAUCAAAACGCUUAAAUACAUGUUAAUGAGUUCAACCAAAUGUUUGUUGUUUAUAAAAAUGUACGUUAGUAUUAUUAAGUAUUUGCAAUUUUGACGAUAUUAAAUGAUUAAAAAGUAA